AUGUUCACCAUCAGUGAAUCGGUCGUCGUCCCGCGUCGCCAUCGUCCCGGGCGAGCGCACAAACGAAGCGAUCGCUGUCAAAGCAUCGCCGCGUCAGCAGUGAACACAAAAAACAACUCCGGCGAGAACACCGUCGAUCUCGCGCUCGGACGACGAAUCGCGCUCGCGACGGGCGUUAUUGGGACCAUUUUAACUCCCGGGGCGGCGCGAGCGGGGAAGAGAUUAGGCGGUGGACCCACCGGGGGGAUCCCCUUGGAGAACUUUGUCCCGAUUCCGGGAACGAGCCCGCCGAUUUUAUAUUACGAUAUUAAGGGCGCGAGUGGGGCGACCGGGGGCGUUCCGAAGGGCGCGCGUGUCGCCGUGCACUACGACUUGAAGUUUAGAAAUAUCACCGUCGGCACGAGCCGCCAGGGCGCUGGCGUGACGGGCGGGACCCCGAUUGGUUUUACCGUUGGAGCGCCCGCAGGGACGUCGGGCGGACCGUUCAUUAAGGCGUUCAACGAAGGAAUAAAAGGUAUGGGCGUCGGCACCGUGCGGCGCUUGCUCGUGCCGCCUGAGUACGCGUACGGGCCGAAUGAGGUUUUGGAAAUCCCGGCGAACGCGAGCGUGACGCUGGACAUCGAGCUCUUGUCUGUGGCCAAAGAUCCGAUCACUCGAGGCGUCAAGGGUGCCGUCGCGGAAUAA